AUGAUUUCCUCCAAGCCCCUCCCACUCGCCGACGAGUGGACCGAUCCGGAUGCCUACGUUGAGGCCUUGAUUUCCUUCGCUACCAACUCUGACAUCUUUAGGCACCUCUGCGGCGGAGUGCAUAUCCUUGACUUCCUAACACGAGAGCCGGACCUUUAUACCUCCCUGCUACCGGAAAACUGGCGGGCCUUCUUCGAUCAGCAUGAUGUCCAGGACAUUCUAGACUUGCUCCUUCGCGACGAUCUACAGCCCCUCUUCGACCAACAUGCCGGAACGGGCAGCGAACAGGGUGCGGACGCAAGAGGGUGGCGAGGCGGUGGUCUGCCCCCGCUGGAUUUCCUGGAGUACAUCCACCAGAUCCGGCGCCUGAGUCUGGGACGGGACUUUACUCCGUCUCAGCCCGGGACCCCUGUGAUCCCGAGGCAUAUUGCAGUAGGGAUGAACGUCAAGAAGUACCACGAGGUGGCGCACUUCUCCAAAUACGUGGAUAAGCUGUGCACUACGGUCGACGAACAGCGGGGCGACGCGAUCACACAUAUCGUGGACUUUGGGUCAGGCCAGAGCUAUCUGGGCCGCACCCUUGCCUCUGCACCGUACCACCGACACAUCGUGGCCAUCGAGCGGAAGCAUCAGUUCAUCAGUGGUGCGCAGGGCAUGGAUGUGCAUGCUCGGCUGAAGGAGAAGAAAAAGGUCAACAUGUACAACAAGAAGGCUGCCAAAUGCAAGGAGGACGCAACGACAGCCGCUGCCAACGGGGAGGAAGAGGACCUGGCCAUGAUCAACGUCUUCCGUGACGUCAGUCUUGCGCCCGGCGAGAUCGGCUUCAAGCCUCAUCGGAACGCGCCCAAGGCGGCCGUGGAAGAAGAGGAUGAUCCCAACAAGCCGAGAGGCACGAUGGACUAUAUCGAGCAUGAGAUCAAGGACGGUUAUCUGGAGCCGAUCAUCAAAGAUGUGAUCGAGGCUCCUCUGCCUGCCGUCGAAACAAACGGCAAUACCGCGGACGACAGUGCGGUUGCGACCAAUGGCACCCAGGCGGAUCAGAAGUCGGUGGACGCCAAGGUCAUGGUCAUCUCCCUCCACUCUUGUGGCAACCUACUGCAUCACGGUGUCCGCUCUUUGACCCUGAACCCGUCGGUCAAAGCCAUUGCUAUGAUCGGCUGCUGCUACAAUUUAGUUACAGAGAGGUUAGGCCCGGCCACGUACAAGCUUCCUAUCCUCCGGUCCAUGCAUCCCCGCCUGACGCAGGAUGCCGUCGCGUACGAUCCCCAUGGAUUCCCCAUGUCAAAGCGCUUCGAAGAUUACGAACAUGAGAGCGGAACAGGUGUCAAGUUGAACAUUACAGCACGGUCUAUGUCCCUGCAGGCUCCUUACAAUUGGGGCCGGAAAGAUAGCGAGGACUUUUUCACGAGACACUUCUACCGAAGUCUUCUCCAGCGUGUUCUGGUGGAUCGCGGAGUCGUCGCAAAACCCAAGAUCCCUGACGACCUCUACAGCGAAUCAGAUGCACCCGAGGAUGCAGGGAACCCCUUGAUCGUGGGCUCCCUGCGCAAGUCCGCUUUUGUCUCCUUCCCCGCCUAUGCUACCGCUGCAGUGGCCAAGCUUUCCCGUGAUGCACACUUUGGGGAAAAGGUGAAAGCUGGGAUGGGUGACCUCACUGAAGAGGAUUUGAACCGCUAUGUGCAAGAGUACUGGUACGCGAAGAAGAAUCUCAGCGUGGUAUGGAGCCUGAUGGCUUUCAGUGCUGCCUUGGUCGAGGCCAUCAUCGUGGUGGACCGGUGGCAGUUUCUGCGAGAGCACGACUCCGUCAAGGACUGCUGGGUUGAACCUGUUUUCGACUACCACGAGAGUCCCCGCAACCUGGCCGUCAUUGGAAUCAAGAAGUGA